GUUACAUAUGUGUUAGGUCAAGUUGGGUUAAAGUUAAAAUGGGCUGCAGAGAUUUCUUUGCAGUAUGUCUUCUUCUUGUUGGUGCUGUGCAUGCCACAGGUAAACUAGGAUAUCCAGCACCACUGUUAGGUGAAACAAGCCCAGGAAGUGUGUGGCCACAACCCCAUACCGUUACUGCAUCUCCACAGUUAUACACAAUAGACAUUCAAGCAUUCCGAUUCGAAUACCUGCAAACUUCACAACGGUGUCAUGUGGCCGAUGAAGCUUUUAAGCGAUACCAGCUCCUGAUAUCUAGAAGUGGUAUCAAAGCAAAGUUUCAUGACAAGUAUAGCACUUCUGUUAUUAGCGUGUUGCCAGUCAUGAUUACAGGACCAUGCGAAGACAUGCCAUCACUUGAUAUGAAAGAAGGAUAUAUUCUGGAUGUGGGUUCCAAUCCAUUACUCAACGCUUCAUCUGUGUGGGGUGUAUUAAGAGGACUGGAAACAUUUUCACAAAUGAUAUGGGAAGAUCCUUCAGGCCAGGCAGUUGCAAACAAGACCCACAUAAUUGAUGAACCAAGGUACGCACAUCGUGGUUUGUUACUUGAUACUGCACGACAUUUCCUACCUGUCAAUGUUAUUCUGGAAAAUCUGGAAGCCAUGGCGUAUAACAAAUUCAAUGUGUUUCACUGGCAUAUAGUUGAUGCACAGUCCUUCCCAUAUGUCAGCACUGUAUACCCCAACCUACAUUUAAAGGGCUCCUACAGUUCAUUAAACUUAGUGUACACACCUGAAAUGAUUGCCCAAGUUAUCGAAUUUGCUCGUUUACGUGGUAUACGAGUUGUACCCGAGUUUGACACACCAGGUCACACUUAUUCAUGGGGGUUGGGUCAACCAGGCUUGCUUACUACUUGUUAUACAGGUGGAAAACCAAACGGAGAUGUUGGACCGAUUAAUCCAACAGUAAAUUCAUCUUACACCUUCAUUAAAAACCUUUUUACUGAAGUUCGGGGUCAGUUUAAAGACAAAUACAUUCAUCUUGGUGGAGAUGAAGUUCCCUUUGAUUGCUGGAAAUCGAACCCAAACAUAACGACAUGGAUGGCUGCACACAACAUGAGUGGUGACUAUGCAAAACUUGAGCAAGUUUACAUUCAACAAGUUAUUGACAUUACUGGAGCAAUUGGAUUCAGUUACAUUGUGUGGCAAGAAGUGAUAGACAAUGGUGUAAAGGCAAAAGAUGACACAGUAGUUGAAGUGUGGAUAAACAACCAUCCUGAGGUGGAGAUGGCUAAAGUAACAGCAUUGGGAUAUCGAACAAUCUUAGCUGCUCCGUGGUAUUUGGAGGAACUUACCGUGGGGGAAGAUUGGAAGAAAUAUUAUUCGUAUGAACCAACUAACUUUAAUGGAACUGCUCAACAAAAGGCACUGGUGAUUGGUGGUGAAGCUUGUUUAUGGGGUGAAUAUGUGGAUGCCACAAAUAUAUCACCAAGAUUAUGGCCACGAGCAAGUGCAGUAGCUGAGAGAUUGUGGAGUCCGGAGACGGUGAAUGAUGUGGAUGCUGCUACUCCAAGACUUCAUCAACAUCGAUGUAGGAUGGUUCAACGUGGCAUCCCAGCUGAACCCCUCCACCCAAGUUACUGCGUGUUUGACUGGAUGAACAGGAAAUAACUGAAUGAAAUAUAUUUGCUCUUUAUUCUUCAUGUUUGAUGUAUAUAUAUAAGUUCAAUCAAAAGUCACCAAUUUUCAAGUUUUAUGCAAAUUUCUGUAGCUACACUUAUAUGCUACAUAAUACUUCAGUUUGUAUACAUGUUCUGUAUAAUGUUCAAUCUACCUACAAUAUAAAUACAUGUUAUUUUAAUGUCUUACAGUAUAUUAGUUCACAUAUUAUGUAGUUACAACUUUUUUCAUUUAACCUUACCCUAUAUGAAAUUUUAGCUAUGUAGUCAUUAACAGUAUAAAACAACUUUGUUUAAACUCAUGUUUAUUUGAAGCCAUUUCUAUUUUUGUUUUAUGUCUCACCAAAUUUUGUUUGAUUUCAUUAGCAGUUUAUUGCACGAUUGAUUAUGCAACUUUCUAACGUAAUAUUCAAUUCUGUAG